AGUUCCCUUGCUCGCCCCCGCUCCGCCAUAACAGCUUCCUCCUCUUCCCAGCUCUUACUUCCCUCGAGCUUACUGCCUGACAGAGAGCUCCUUGACCUCUUACUUGUCGCACUUCCUUGUUUCUGCCUCACGUCUCUCGUCCUUUGGAAGAAUCUGUCUUUCCACCCCGGCGUGACUAGUUCAACUCUGUUUUGACGAAACGUUCUACGGGACAAAUAUCUCUUCGCGUCCCCUCUUUUCUUGCAAACAUCAAUUCAAUCUGACGUCAUAUAAUUUCUUCAAUCUAAGUCACGACAUCCUCACAUCGGGAAGGACUUCUAAGACACCACCCAUGAACAACUUGUCGCGAAGGCUGGUCAGCCAAACGGUCGCUCAUCAACGCAGAUUCUCUCUCACUGCGCACAGAAUCACCAAGCUCUAUGUAUUCGGCAUGACAACCUUUGGCUUCACAGGCCUUGGCUUGAUAUUCGCCCAGCGAAAUUACCAGCGACUCAUGUACAUGAAGGAACAUGGCAUUGAUGACUUCGAAGGCCACGACCUGCCUGCUUGCGGAUGCGGUGCUGGACAUCUCCCUUGCAAGGGAUCAUCGUCUAUCCACCACCAUCAUCCCCCCUCGACCUUGAGACACUUUGUGACAGGGACAGAACCACCUCACAUCGAGCUGAUGGAUCGCUGGUUAGCUCCCAUUGACCAGUGAGCAUGCGUUGGUCUGAAAUACAAAAUUUGGGGAUGGGAAUCAUUCCGUAUUGAGCUUGGUAAGAGAAACUGGAAAUUGUGAGCUGGACAAGUUGAGAUCAGCUUCGUGCUCUU